AUGUCUUCGAAUUCCACGGUAACGGUGAAGGCGCUAGACUUCGGAGAUGGCAAUGAAUUUGUCCCUUUAAUCAUCAUUGGCGGAGUUGCGGUUGGAACCAUGAUAGUGCACGUUAUUUUGUUUUUGAUAUUGAAGAGUAUAGUAAGCAAAUCCGAAUCACAAUUUGAUCGUGAGGUUGUUUCAAGAUGUGCCAAACCAACCUUUUUCAUGUUCCCCACGGUUGCAAUUCUGAUCUGUCUAGCUCUCGUGACUAAUGUCGACGAAUCGAUUCUCGAUCCUAUCCGACACACCUUGAUCAUACUCCUUUUACUUCUCUCCGCAUGGACUGCAAUUAACUUUGUCAAAGCGUUAACCACCACUAUUUCAAAUAAUAAUGAUUUCAUGAAUUCAACAAAGAAUCCUAAUGCGAAAAAACUUCAUACGCAAUUGGUGAUUAUGACGAGGAUAGCGUAUGGGCUAAUUAUUGUCAUAUGUGCAGCGAGUGUGAUCUUAACCUUUCCGUCAGCAUGGCAGUUUGGUGCAACAGUAUUAGCCAGUGCUAGUGUAUCGGCUUUGUUCAUUGGUAUGGCUGCUAAACCGUCAAUGGAG